UUGUGGAGUUCAACUAUGUCAUUUCUCAGGACUGUUUUUAAUGACUCUGUUAUCAUUCAUCCUCCAGGCUUCUAUAUUACUGGAUUACAGACAUUUCCCUACAUCUUUCUAGCAUUUGUUUACGUGGUCACACUGCUGUUUAACUGUUUGGUGAUCUAUGUAAUUAUCUUAAAUUAUUGUUUACACACUCCAAAGUUUUUGGCUGUGGGCAACCUCGCAGUAAUUGAUGUAAUUCUAAGCACAAGUAUUAUUCCCAGCAUGAUAAAGGUUUUUCUCAUUAAGGAUAACUUUGUUCCAUUUAACAUGUGUUUAGUACAAAUAUAUGUUUACUAUAGCUUUGUGAGUUUGGAGUCAUAUGCUCUUGCUAUACUUGCCUAUGACAGGUUGAUCGCAAUAUGUUUCCCUCUGCAUCAGAACUCAAUCAACAUACUGCGAAGCAUGUCUUAUAUUAUUGGUUUGACUUGGUGUUUUAGUCUGGGAAUCAAUGGAUUUGGAACAGGUAUGAUGACUCGACUGUCUUUUUGCAAUUCCCUUAAAGUGUUCAGUUAUUUCUGUGAUUAUAUACCUGUGUAUACACUCGCCUGUAAUGAUUACACAAUGCAGAUAACUGUAGGCACUUCACUUACUUUCUUGAUUCUUAUUGUACCCUUUACUUUAAUUUGUCUGUCUUAUAUCAGCAUCCUGGUGACAGUGUAUAGGAUGAAAUCUUUAGACAGUCGAGUUAAAGCUUUGGGUACUUGUAUUGAACAUAUCAUCCUUGUUGCUGUAUUUUACAUUCCUCUCAUUACCAUUUUUAUUUUUGCCCUUUAUCUGCAUUUCAUUAAUGCGGACCUGCCAUUGCUAAGCAUGUCCCUGGCCUCUUGUACCCCACCCUGCAUCAAUCCUAUUGUGUACUCUUUGAAAACCAAAGAGAUCAGAAACAGAGCCCUGGCACUGGUAAGAAAAACUAAAAUUGGUACAGAUCAACUUAAGAAAAGACACUGGAGAGUUGUAACAAGAAAAAUGUAG